CGGCCGCCGCGGCUCUCCCGGCUCCUGGCGCUUGGCUGCGGCUCGCCGGCGCUCCCGGGCGUGGAGCGGCGUCGCGGCCGCCCGUGGUCGGCGGUAGCGGAGCCCGGGAAGACGCGCUGUGGGCUUGGGGGCGGGCGCGGGUGCCCCGGGGCUGGCAGGGGCAGCCCGGCCCGGCGCGUUACGGUGUUUGCGUCCCUCGGCCCCUCCGUCCGGGGACGCGCAGAGAAAUAAAAUGCUCGGUAACAUGCACUGACCGUGUCCAUAGGCAAGGCGUCGGCAUAGGGGCGUGCUAACCAUGGAGGGAGAUGAAGAGGAAGACUAUAUGUCUGAUUUAUUUAUUAAGCAGGAUGUCAGGCCAGGUUUGCCCAUGGUGAGGCGGGUGAAGGAAGCCAUUCAGAAGGAAGAAAAGCAAAAAGAAGCCAAUGAGAAGAACAGACAAAAAAGCAUAAAAGAAGAAGAAAAAGAGAGACGUGACUUGGUACUGAAAAGUGCUUUGGGCAAUGAGAACAAAGGCUUUGCUUUGCUCCAGAAGAUGGGCUACAAGAGCGGCCAGGCCCUUGGCAAAAGUGGAGAAGGCAUUGUUGAACCUAUUCCUCUGAACAUAAAAACAGGCAGAAGUGGGCUUGGUCAUGAGGAACUAAAAAAGCGAAAAGCUGAAGAAAAACUGGAAAACUAUAGACAAAAACUCCAUAUGAAAAAACAAGCAAAUGAACAAGCUGCAGAUGAGUUCAGAAUAAGAUUCAAAACCAAACAAGAAGAACGUAAGAUGGAAGGGGACCUGCGAAAAAGCCAGAGGGCCUGCCAGCAACUAGAUACACAAAAAGAUAUUGGUGUUCCCAAGGAGACUUGGUUUUGGAUAAAACCUGAAGAGGAAGACAAAAAGGAUGAGGAAGACAAGGAAGAUGAAUGCACAGGCUCAGACUUAAGUGUAUCAGAAAAGCUACACAUCCUGACAGCCUAUUUGAGAGAGGAGCACUUCUAUUGCAUUUGGUGUGGAACAACCUAUGAAGACUCUGAAGAUUUAUCUUCAAACUGUCCUGGAGACAGUGCUGCAGAUCAUGACUAAAGCCAGUCUAAAGGAAGAAGCCCUAGAGAAGCAAGCUCAGGAAGAGCAGGCUGGACAAAUGGAUGGUGAAGUGGACUGAGAACUGGCUGAACAGCAGGUCCCAGAGGGUCACACUCAGCAGCACAGUGGUGUCCUCCUAGCUUCAGUACCGACCCAAUAUUGUUUAACUUGUUCAUCAAUGACCUGAUGAAGGGGCAGAUGCCUCCUCAGCAAGUUCACUGAUAACACCAAGUUGGAAUGAGUAGCUGAUACCCCAGAGUGCUGUGCAGGCCUCCAGAAGGACCACAACAGGCUGGAGAGAUGGGCAGGGAGGAACCUUCUGAAAUUCCACAAGAGAAAAUGCAGGGUCUUGCACCUGGGGAGAAAUAACCCUGGGCACCAUCACAGGCUGGGGGCUGACCUGCUGGGAAGCAGCUCUGUGGAGAAGGACCUGGGGGUCCUGAUGGACAACAAGCCUUCCAUGAGCCAGCAGUGAGCCCUUGUGGCCACGAAGGCCAAUGGAAUCCUGGGUCCAUUAGGAAGAGCAGUACCAGCAGGCCAAGGGAGCUGAUCCUGCCCCCUGCCCAGCCCUGCUGAGGCACAUCUGGAGUGCUGAGCCCAGCCCUGGCUUCUCAGGACAAGAGAGACAUGGAGCCCCUGGAGUGGCUCCAUGGAGGGUACCAAAGAUGCCUGAGGCUCUGGAGCAUCUCUCUAAUGAGGAAAGGCUGGGGGAGCUGGGCCUGUUCAGCCUGGAGAAGAGGCACUGAGAGGGGACCUCAUCCAUGCCUGUGAGUGUCUGAAGGGAGGUGCCAGGAGCAUGGAGCCAGGCUCUGCUCACUGCUGCCAAGCAAUAGGACAGGAGGCAAUGGGCAGAAAGUGAUGCACAGGAACUUCCACCUGAACAUGAGGAAAAAUUUCUUUACUCUGUGGGUGACUGAGCACUGGAACAGAUUGUCCAGAGAGGUUGUGGAGUCCCCCUGACUGGAGAUAUACUGGACACAAGUCCAAGUAACGUGCUCUAGGGAACCCUGCUUGAGGAGGUAGAUUGGACUAGAUGACCUCCAGUGACCCCUUCCAACUUCACCCAUUCUGUGAUUCUACAAGUGGCUUUCUGGGUAAACAGAGCAGCCUGCUUAAUUCAUUUGCUGUUAACUAGUGUAAUGUCUGCCUGAAGAUGACAGUCAUGACUUAGCUGUGUAUCCUGAAUCAUCAGCUAUCCCUAUAAGCCUGGCAUAGCAAGCCCUUUCCAACCACUAUCCAGUAAAACAACAGCUCCCAUGAACUUGGAGUUUUUUCCCCUACUCUUUAGCAGUAGCUUUAGGCCUGUGACCCUACAUGCUGGUGAUCAUCAAAUGAACCAGUUAUUCAGCACAGAAUAAUCAACUCUGCUUUUACAUGAUGCUCUUACAGCAGGGCUUGCCAGCACUAGAGUUUAUCAUGUUCCAUUAAAUGAAAUUCUUUCUAAGCUAAUGGAGCAGCUGAAGACCAUCCUAGGACUUUCCAUCCACAUAACUUCCCCACCUGCCUGCAGAGCACAAGAUUUUUAUAGUUUAAGGAAAUUAUGCUUUUCCAACUGUAAACACUGUGGAACUGUGCAUGCAUUUGCAGUCAACUGUGAGCAGGAACAGAAGGACUGAGGAAGUACUGCAAGGUAGCUGGAGAGAGCCAAGUUGAACAGACACACUGGUAUGAUCUUCUUACUGGAAAAAUUAUCUGAUUAACAGUGUUCAAAACCUGAGUCCAACCACAAUUACUUUAGACAAGAUGCCCAGCAGCUACAUCGCUGUCCUACCAAUAUGUAGGUUUGCACAUAAAAAGCUCAAAGCACAUACAGGACACCUUUUCUAAAAAAGCUUAAGUAACGAGGGGUUUCUUUUUGAAAUAAUAUCUGUUUUACUUAAAGAAACCUCUUCCAAAUCACUUUUGUUUUCAUCUUGGGAAACUGCAAGGGUUUUGAUUUGGAGGAAACUCUUCUUGCUGCACUGUGCAGUGAAGACAAGAGCAUGGCAGAGACAAAACUCACCUAUCCAUAAUUUUUAUUUUCUAAAAUUAGAAAAAUACUCCCUUUAAGUUUCUGAUCAUAUAAGAAGAUACGUAAGAAACUUGA